AUGGAAAGCCUUCUACGCUGGGGCAUCACGAACUCAACACCGGCAGAUGCAAACCGACCACCUCCGCAACCGCGUACAGACCUGGACCCUGGGAUCAUCGACGCGAUCCUGGGCAAAUCGGACGCGGUGCUCAUGAAGGAGGCACUGGGGAAGGCGGUGGACGAGAAGCUGGACGAGGACGAGAGGGUGCAGGCGUUGGACGACUUCGAGAUGCUCGUCGAGCAGAUCGACAACGCGAACAACCUCGAAAAGCUCAAGAUGUGGGAGCCCUUGCAUGCACUUCUCACCAACCCCACAUCGUCUGAAGAAAUUCAACGGCAUGUGCUCUGGGUCCUAGGCACUGCCGUCCAAAACAACCCGUCCGCCCAAGACUCU